UUAAAUAUAAUAAUCCUUAUCACGGUAAUCGUUAUCGCCUUAUCACAGAACAGACUUAUCAGCUGCAGUUGUAGUCGUUGAUCGUAAAUUAUUGUUCUGUCUAUUAUUCACUUUUUCAGUACUUGUAACUUUUCACCUAAAAUAUUUAUGAAAUUAUAACUUAUAAAGUUCAGUGCAGUCGCUGCAUACGGCAUAUCACGUUUAAUGCUGCUUGUAGUUUGACCGACGUACAUCCACGCUUACGUAAUUAUCAUUUGUCGUGGUGAAUAUUUGGUGCUGAACACCAUUUGAAUUACAAUGAUUUGGUAGAGUGAUUGUGAGUCAAGAAAAAAAAUCAAGAUCAUUGUCCAAUGAAUUCUGAAAGUCCUCCGUCGAUUGGCGUGGCGUUUGCUGGUAAUAUCGGUGAGAAAAUACCGUUAGUGAAUCGCCGCCGUCAAAUGUUCGAUUAUUUCACACGCAUGUUAGGAAACUCAAGUGCUGGCUCAGAGGAAACAUCCAAGGAUGGCUACGUUGAGUUUGGCAAUAUUGGGGAAGCGACCAGUGGCCGUACACUGGGCCCGUUUGCUGGUGUGUUUGCACCCGUCUGUUUGUCCAUGUUCAGUGCAAUGUUGUUUCUGAGAGUGGGAUUUGUUGUUGGAAAUGCUGGCCUCAUUGAAACAUUAUUUCAAUUUGCCAUUGCUUACACUAUUAUUGUUUUCACUGUCAUGUCUGUCUGUGCUAUAUCAACCAAUGGUGCUGUUGAAGGAGGUGGUGCUUAUUUUAUGAUAAGUAGAACAUUAGGUCCAGAACUUGGAGGAUCAAUAGGAACAUUGUUUUUUUUGGCAAAUAUUGUAAGCAGUGCUCUCUGCCUUACAGGAUGUGUAGAAGGACUAAUUGAUAAUUUUGGAGAAUCUGGUUACUUAAUGCCAAAAGAUAGUUAUAUUUUAAAUGAUGGACACUGGUGGAGGUUUACUUAUACAUCAUCAUUAAAUUUCCUGAAUUUACUUAUCUGUUUAAUCGGUGCAACAUUAUUUGCAAAAACUACUGUGAUUAUAUUUGCAAUAGUUGUGAUAUGCUUACUCUCAUCAGUCAUAAGUUUUUUUUUGAAAUCUCCACUACAAAUUGAGGUGCCUGCAGCUAAUACUUUUGUAAAUCAAACCAACGCCACAGUUUUAUUAAAUUAUACUGGUUUUAGUUUAGCUACUUUUUCUGAAAACUUAGGCCCUAAAUUUGGUAAUGAUUAUACAUCAAACAAUAUUGCUGUAACCUUUUCAACAGUGUUUGGUGUACUUUUCUGCGGUGUGACUGGAAUUUUGGCUGGAGCCAAUAUGUCUGGAAAUUUGAAAAAUCCAUCUUAUAGCAUACCUCGAGGAACAUUAGGUGGUGUACUGUUUACAUUCAUAUCAUACAUUGGUUUGUCUAUUCUUGUUGCUGCUACAUGUUCACGAGAGCUACUUCAAGAAAACUAUGUUUUCCUGAUGCCCAUUAAUAUUUGGCCUCCAUUUACUUCUAUUGGUAUACUGACUGCCACAUUUUCAGCAAGUCUUAGUUGUUUGAUUGGUUCUAGCCGGGUGCUUGAAGCAUUAGCAAAAGAUUGCAUUUAUGGUAGAUUGUUGCAAUUUGUUAAUUAUGGAGUUUGGCGUUCAAAUCCUAUAGCCGCAGUUUUAUUUUCAUGGUUAUUGGUACAGAUGAUUUUGUUUAUUGGAUCACUUAACUUAAUUGCUCAGCUGAAUUCUAUUCUAUUUUUAUUGGCUUAUGUAGCACUAAAUUUGACUUGCCUUGGUUUGGAUCUCACAUCAGCCCCUAAUUUUAGGCCAUCUUUCAAGUAUUUUUCUGCGUGGACCUGUUCCUUUGGGCUUAUGGGGAGUGUUAUUAUGAUGUUUGUAAUAAAUCCAUUUUAUGCCUCAACGAGUUUUGGAUUGUGUUUGUUACUCAUACUUUUAUUGCACUUCUUUUCUCCAUGUGAAGCUUCUGAAUGGGGAUCAAUAUCUCAAGCUCUAAUAUUCCACCAGGUUCGCAAGUAUCUGCUUUUGUUAGAUCCCAGGAAAAAUCAUAUAAAAUUCUGGAGACCUCAAAUGCUGCUAAUGGUUGCAAAUCCCCGGUCAUCUUGUCCAACUAUAACAUUUAUUAAUGAUCUGAAAAAAAGUGGUUUAUUCGUGUUGGGACACGUUAAAGUUGACAAGGCAGAAACAAAUUUAGAUUAUACAGAUAAGACUAUUUCUUCCUGGCUGACUCUUGUUGAUCACGUAAAAGUAAAAGCAUUUGUUGAACUGACUGUGGCCAAUAGUGUACGAGAAGGACUACACCAUCUUAUAAGGUUAUCUGGUAUGGGAGCUAUGAAGCCAAAUACUGUUGUGAUGGGAUUCUAUGACAAUAAAGUACCACUUGAUUAUUUUACAAGAUUAGAUUCGGUUUAUAAAACUUCUUUAUUCCAAGGAAUAACAACUAAUGAAGAAAAAUUCCCUUUGAGAUUACCCAAUGAAGAAAAACAUUUAUCUACAUCAGAAUUUGUAUCAAUGAUCUGUGAUAUAUUUCAAAUGCACAAAAAUAUAUGUAUUUGUCGACAUUUUGAUUUAUAUAACAAGACUGAUAUUGUCAAAAAUGUUAAGUACAAGUAUAUUGAUGUUUGGCCUGUCAACUUCUUUGGUCCAUCAAUGAAUGAUGCGUAUGACACUAGCAGCUUGUUUAUGCUACAGUUAUCAUGUAUUAUUAAAAUGAUUGCUGUGUAUAAAAAACACAUAUUAAGAGUUCACUUGCUCAACACUAUUGAUAUUCAGAGCCAAAAAGUGCAGCUAAAACAGCUGUUGUCUACACUACGCAUUAAAGCUACAAUUCAUGAAGUUACAGAGUGGUCGCAAAUUGAUCUGGCAACUUUAGACAGUGAUAAAAAUACAUAUAUUUCCAGGGUGAAUACACUAAUAAGAAAUCAGUCCGCUGAGACUGCUAUAAGUUUUGUUUAUUUGCCAAUUCCCAAAGAAUUACGGGGAUCAGAUUUACAAAAUGUAAGUUAUUUGAACUCACUUACUGAUUUGACCAAUAACCUACCACCUACAGUUCUUGUACAUGGAGUGAGUGCUGUUACAUCCACAACCUUAUAAUCAAUUUUUAUUACUUGUGAAUAUUAUUAAAAUAUUAUUCUCUUAAUUUAUCACAUAAUUAUUUUUGUAUUUUGAUUAUUAAUGUAUUAAAGUAUGAAUUAAAUUAAAUUUUACUAAUUUAGUCAUUGAGAAAAAUGUCAUAUGAAACUAAUAUUUAAAAGUUUUUAUAAUUUAAUGUGCUCCAUUUAUUAUAUUUUUAUACAUUUAAUGCCAGAUUAUUUAAAAAAUAUUUAAUUUGAUUUGUCAAAACGUAAUGAACCAGACAUGACAAUCACUUGAAAAUUAUGUUAAAGUGACCAUUAGCUCAGUCACCAUUGAUUCAUUAAAUAUUAAGUAAUUGCUUAUGUAAUUCGGCAUAAUUAUUGU